GGACACGGCUGUAACUCUCAGAAUCCAGCGAAGGAACGGCGCCGGCACGCCCGUCCUGCCCAGACCCAGCGACGCAUCCCGCCGCUCCGGGAGCCGCUCCGCCGCGGCGGGGCUGGAGGAGGUCAUUCCCAUCACCACUGAGCCUAGCCGUCCUCUCCUGUAGCCAUGGAGAACUCCUCCCUCCCUGAAAUCAAUUCCUCAUGCGCAGACUGCACUGGAAGAGGACAUGGGAGUCUGGAUGUGUCCACUACUCCAGUAAGCCCCAGAUACUACAUCACAGUGCCUGUCAUCUACUCUGUCAUCUGUGCCGUGGGACUGACAGGCAACACUGCGGUCAUCUAUGUAAUCCUCAAAGCACCAAAGAUGAAAACAGUAACCAACAUCUUCAUCCUCAACCUGGCCAUUGCUGAUGAGCUCUUUACCUUAGUGCUGCCCAUCAACAUUGCUGACUACUUGCUCCUGCAGUGGCCCUUCGGAGAGCUCAUGUGCAAGCUCAUCAUCUCCAUAGACCAAUACAACAUCUUCUCCAGCAUCUACUUCCUCACUGUCAUGAGCAUUGACCGCUACCUCGUCGUAGCGGCCACCACCAAGUCCAGGAAGGUGUCCUACCGCACCUGCCGAGCAGCCAAGAUUGUGAGCCUCUGCGUCUGGUCCUUCGUCACCGUCAUCAUCCUGCCCUUCGCCGUCUUUGCCAAGAUACACAAGGAGCAGGGGCGCUCCCACUGCGUCUUCGUGUUCCCCCACCCCGAGGGCAUGUGGUGGAAAGGCAGUCGGAUCUACACCCUUAUUUUAGGCUUUGUCAUCCCAGUGUCCACCAUCUGCACCCUGUACACCACCAUGCUGUGCAGGCUGAGACAUGUCCAGCUCCACUGCAAUGCAAAAGCUCUGGACAAAGCCAAAAAAAAGGUGACGCUGAUGGUGGUUGCUAUCUUGGGUGUGUGCCUGCUCUGCUGGACACCGUUUCACCUUAGCACAGUGGUGGCCCUCAUCAUGGACAUCCCACAAACUCCACUCGUCAUUGGGAUUUCCUAUUUCAUCACCAGCCUAAGCUAUGCCAACAGCUGCUUCAACCCUUUCCUGUAUGCCUUUCUGGAUGAAAGCUUCCGGAGGAGCUUUUGCAAACUGAUUGAUUGCAGAGCCACCUCAUAAAGCCAAGUCAGCCCUCUGUCCUGUCCUGUGUCCCUCUCACAGUCACCUGCUUUUCCUGGGUGAUUCCAGCCCAGAGAGUGCUUUCUCUCCAGUCUCCUCGUGAUGGCCCACAGGGCUUCAGGUUGUCGCACUACCAAAGACCUGAACUGGGGCAGGUGGAUCUUUCUCACCCGUCCUGCUCUCACUUCCUUAGCACUGCCCUGUUUGGUUGUUUGUUUGUUUGUUUGUUUUUGUUAGUUUAGUUGUUGUUGUUGUUGUUUUUUAAUUCCUUCUCUCUAAUGCUUUUUCUGACCUGGGUUUGGAGCUCACAGAGCUGCCACAGGUCCCUUUUCCCUUUUCAAAGGUAUUGCUUUGUGAACUCAAGCCACAUGACUGUCUCAAUUGUAGCGAUUUGUAAAGCUCAAUAAA